AAAUGGUGGGGUAUGGACGUCGUUUUCUCUAGUCCGUUGAAGUGAGUGUUUUGUGUGAAUGACUAAUUAAGAUCGUAUUUCCUGUGUGAUAAUUUUUCUCCUCUCAACAAGGGAAGCUUUUGAUCUCGGGUUGUGCAUCGACGUUGGCAACAAAAAUAAAACAGAAGAGAAGGAAAAAAAGAAAAAUAAGAAGAUAAAAAAGAAGAAGAAGAAAAGAAGAAGAAUUAUAACCGAACCAAUAAUCAAAAUAACUAAAGAAAUAAGGAAGUGAAGAAUUAAGUGAAGUUACAAUAGACAGACAGACAGACAGACAGACAGAAGACAAUUAAGAUACAGAAAAAGGAAAACAAAGACACAGACACAAAGAGAAGCGACACACACACACACACACACACGUACACACACACACACACACACACACACACACACACACACACGAUGGAGUUACGAAACGACACCAAUGACGAUCUUUUUACCUUCCUCUGUGGUGAGCCUCUUAUGAAUGCCAGCGAGAUAUGGGAUGCUGAUGUUCCUUACCUGGGCAGGUGUGUGGAGAGGACCAUUCUCGCCUGGAUCCCGUGUCUCUACAUCUGUCUCUCCGCUCCUCUGUCCCUUCUCUCUCUCCAUCGUUCCUCCUCCUCCUCCUCUUCUUCCACCCUCUCCUCCUCCUCCUCUUCCUCCUCCCUCUCUUCCUUACGUUCCCGUCAAGCGCCCUUGCCGUGGUCGCCUCUACUGCUCUCGAAAAUGGUCAUAUCCGUGGUGGUGAUGUGUGCAGCGGUGGUGGAGAUGGCGGUGGUGGUGGUGAUGGCGUUGGUGGUUGCUAGUGGUGGUGAUGAUGGUGGUGGUGGUGAUGAUGGUGGUGGUGAUGGCCUGUCAUUCCUCCACACCCCCUCCCCCGCCACCCACUCCACGCCUCCACCUCCUCCUCCAAUCCCCUCUCCACUCUUUCUAAUGGACUUGGUGGCGCCCUCAGUCCUCGUGGUGGCUUAUGGUCUGGCGGUGGUGGUGGUGGCGGCGGGAAGGAGGUAUGGCCAGCGAAGUAGCGGGGUGCUCUUCGUGUUUUGGGGCCUGACGGUGCUGUGCGGGGUGCCGCAGCUCGUCAGCACCGUCCUGGCACUCCUCCACACCGCGCCGCAGCACCAGGAAGAUGGGCACCCCCUACCACCACACCAUCACCACCACCACCACCAACACCACCCAGCCCUCGCCACCACCUUCCUUCUGCAAUACCUCGGCGCCGUGGUGUUGGUGGUGUUGAACUGCUUCGCCGAGCCUCCUAAUGACCCCAAUGGACGAAUUAAGGUGAAGGAGUCCCCUGAGGAUGUGGCGUCCUUCCCCAGUCGCUACACCUACCACUGGGUGACCCGCGUCCUUCUAAGGGGAAGAAGGAGACCCCUCACCCAGGAGGAUCUCUGGCCGCUACCAAAGGACUGUAGGAUACCCGCCGUGGAUGCCAGUUGGAGGGCGGCAUGGUUGAGGGAACUGUCCUGUGUGAGGCGGAAAACUCUAACACGCACCACCACCAACACCACCACCACAAACAUCAACACCAAGAGUACCAUUCACGAUGUUAGCUGUGGCAAUAGUGGUGGUGGUGAUGGUGGUGAACGCCUAAACAGUGGUGAUGGGAGUGGCAGUGGUGGUACCUUGCGUGUGUCCGUGGUCAAGGUGGCUUUACGAGCGUACCUGUGGCAUUACCUGUUCAACUUCUCCCUGAUCUUCAUUAGCCAGAUGACCCUCUUCGCUGCACCUGUCCUUCUUGGGCGCCUCAUCUCCUUCACUAAGUCCACCUCAUCGGAGCCCGCCUGGCAUGGCUAUAUGUACGCUGCCCUACUGAUGUUAACAACUGUCCUGACCCUCACCAUCUCACCUGGGGCCAGAAGGGAGUCCACGUCAGGUGAGAUCGUUAACCUAAUGUCGGUGGAUGCCCUGCGAUUGAGCGAGUUCUCCCUCCACCUCACCUCUGGCCUCGUCACGCCCAUCACAGUCAUCGUGGCCACCUGGCAGCUCUGGGAUGUCCUGGGUCCAUCAGUGCUUGCGGGGAUGGCUACAAUGGUUCUAAUAAUGCCCAUCAACACCAUGGUCGCCAGCCGCACCAAGGCCCUGCAGAACACCAAGAUGAGGCUCAAGGACAAGAGGAUCAAGCUGGCGGGAGAGAUUAUUAAUGGGAUCAAGGUGCUCAAGCUCAACGCAUGGGAGGAACCGUUCGGCAAGCAGGUGGAGGAGGUGCGGAGGGAGGAGAUACGGGUGCUAACGAAGGCGGCGUACUACCAUAGCUUUGUUGCCUUCCUCUGGUUCAUCACGCCCUUCAUGGUGUCGUUAGCCUCGUUUGCCACCUACAUCACGGUUUCGUCCGACAACAAGCUCGACGCAGAGACGGCCUUUGUUGCGAUCGCUCUGUUCAACCUCCUGAGGCUACCCAUCGCUGAGAUACCCGGCUUGAUCCUGCAGGGUAUACAGGCAAAAGUGUCCCUGACUAGACUGGAAAAGUUCUUCGCCGCACAGAAUCUUGACCCGAAGGCCGUAUGCAGUGAUCCUUCCAAGGGUGAUGCCAUCAGGGUGGAGGGUGGGGCGUUCCGGUGGGGCGGGGGUGGUGGGGAGUGGGCGCUGCAGGGGGUGGAGGUGGAGGUGGGGCGGGGCGAGCUGGUGGCGGUGGUGGGGCCGGUCGGGGCGGGGAAGAGCUCGCUUCUCUCGGCCUUCCUCGGACAGAUGGAGAAGACUGCCGGGGAGGUGGUGGUCAAUGGACAGGUGGCUCUGGUGUCGCAGGAGGUGUGGCUACAGAACGCCAGCCUUCGGGAGAACAUCACCUGGGGCAGCCCUUGGGAGGAGGCGAGGUACUGGCGGGUGGUGAAAGCCUGCGCCCUAAUGCCUGAUCUCGAGAUGUUGCCUGCCGGGGACCUGACGGAAAUUGGGGAGAAGGGCAUCAACCUCAGUGGGGGGCAGAAGCAGCGUGUGGGUCUGGCCAGAGCGGCGUACAGUGGCGCCAACAUUAUGCUCCUGGACGACCCCCUCAGUGCCGUGGAUGCCAACGUGGGGCGGCAUAUCUUUGAGUGCUUGCUGGGGCCCUCUGGACUCAUGGGUGGCACGACGCGGGUGUUGGUGACGCACGCACUCUGGGUGUUGCCGGAAGUGGAUCGCGUGGUGGUGGUAGAAAACGGAAGGCUGGUGGAGCAGGGCACGUGCGGGGAGCUGGUGGACAAGGGGGGUAGCCUAGCGCGCCUCCUCCUCCACCUGGCAAGAAAGGAGGUGGAGGAGGUGAAGGAGGAGGAGGAGGAGGUGGUGGAUGGGGAGAUGGAGGAGGAGGGCCUGGAGGAGCUGUGUGCCCACCUCAAACAGCUGCCAGGGGGACAUCAGCUGCUCCGACAGAUCUCCCGACACGGCGCCACCUUAGAAGAGAAGGACACGGCUGGCACCACCAGUCCACCGUAUAACUCCACCACCUCAACCGAACCAGUUUACGAAAGACAAGACUCCACCACCACCACCACUACCAGACCACCACACUCCACUACCUCAACCAAACCAGCUUACGAACGGCAAGACUCCACCACUACCAGUCCACCACACACCACCACCAACUCCACCAGCUCAACCACCUCAACUAAACCAGCUUACGAAAGACAAGACUCCACCACCAACUCCACCUCCACCAAACCAGCUUACGAACAACAAGACUCCACCUCCACCACCAAGCCACGAUAUAGAACGCAGACCUCCACCACCUCCACUAUAUCCAAGGUGGUGGUGGAGGAGGUGGAGAUGGUGGAGAAGGGAGGAAAGGAGGGCCAGUUGGUGGAGGAGGAGGCGGUGCAGACGGGCAGGGUGGGGUGGAGUGUGUACCAGUUCUAUGCUGCCUCCGCUGGCCUGGUCUCCCUCCUGGUGCCUCUCGGUCUCUCCUUCGUGGCUCAGGGUUUGCAAGCAGGAAGCAAUUUAUGGCUCUCCUAUUGGUCCACCCCACAGUCCUUCACCACCAUCAACACCACUACCAACACCACUACCCUCGACACCACUACCCUCAACACCACUAUGGAAGAGAAGGAGGAGGAGGAGGGAAUGGAGUUUGAUCAUGUUCUAUUUCUACUUGGAUAUGCUGCCUUUGGGAUUGGGCAAGCCCUCUUCUUCUACAUGAGUACCGUUCUUAUCCAAUGGGGAUGUCUCCAGGCGGCCAAGGGCAUACAUAACCGUCUCCUCUAUGCCCUUCUACGCCUGCCUACCAGCUUCUUCGAUACCAACCCCAGCGGCAGGAUCAUGAACAGGCUCGGCAAGGAGAUCAAUGUGCUGGAUGUUGUUUUGCCGAUGCUUCUGACGUUGGGCAUUGUGGCGUUAACUCAGGUGGUGACGACGCUGGUGGUGGUGAUCGCGUCAACUCCGAUGGUGGGGCUGGUGGUGCUGCCGGUGAUGGCCCUCUACUACCUGGUACUGACCAUCUACAUCACCGCACACCGUCAGAUGAAGAGGAUAGAGUCGGUCGUGUCAUCCCCCGUCUACACCUUCUUCAGCGAGACUGUGCAAGGAGUGGCCACCAUCAGGGCCUUCGGGAGACAGGAGUCCUUCAGUGAGGAGUGCCAGAACCGUACGGAGGUCUCUAUGCAAGGGUUCCUGUCGCUGAUUGCUUGUAACAGAUGGUUGGCCGUGAGGAUGGAGGUGGUCGGCAGCCUCGUGGUGUUCGGCGCGUCCAUAUUCGCGGUGGCCGGCCAUGGCACCCUCAGUCCCGGCAUUGUGGGGCUCUCAGUCACCUAUGCCCUGAACGUGACGCAAAUUCUCAACCUGUUCGUGCGGAUGUGUUCAGACUUGGAGGCCCACAUUGUGUCCGUGGAGAGAAUUAAGGAGUACAUAGAGGAGCCGAAGGAGGCCCCAUGGAGGGUUGACAAGGCUCCCCCCGCGGCCUGGCCAGACUCCGGGGCCGUCACCAUCGCGGGGCUACAGCUGCGGUACCGCCCCGGCCUGGACCUGGUGCUGCGGGGCCUCACGUGUUCGGUUCGCCCCGGAGAGAAGGUGGGCAUCGUGGGGCGGACAGGUGCCGGGAAGUCCUCGCUGACCCUGGCACUGUUCAGGAUCGUGGAGGCGGAGGGCGGCACGGUGGAGGUGGACGGAAGGGACAUUGCCAAGGUGGGGCUUCAUGACCUCCGGAGCAGAAUCACUAUCAUUCCCCAGGACCCGGUGUUGUUCAGCGGCACCCUCCGCUUCAACCUGGACCCCACUGGCACCCUGAGCGACGCGGAGGUGUGGCAUGCCCUGGAGCUGGCACACUUAGCCCCCUUCGUCAGGUCCCAGCCCCUCGGCCUCACUAUGACCAUUGACGAGGGGGGUGCCAACUUGAGCGUGGGUCAGAGGCAGCUGGUGGGGUUGGCGAGGGCACUGCUCCGAAAGUCGCCACUGCUGGUGCUGGACGAGGCGACGGCUGCGGUGGAUGCGAACACGGACCAGCUCAUCCAGGCCACCAUACGUCAGGAGUUCAGUCAGUGCACCGUGCUCACCAUCGCCCACCGCCUCAACACCAUCCUGGAUAGUGACAGAGUCAUGGUGCUGGAGCAGGGCAGGAUAGCAGAGUACGACAGCCCCUCGGUCCUGCUGGCGCGCAAGGACUCCCUCUUCCAUGGCCUGGCGCGGGAUGCUGGGCUGGUGGGGGUCGCCGAGGAGGAGGAGGAGGAGGAGGAAGAGGACAAGAGCUAAGGGUAGUUUCACAGUUUGACAUGGGGGAGGUCAUUAAACUACCCCUGGAAAUGCCUAGACCUCCAGUGAAAGCCUAGUCAGUUAUGUGGGGUUGUGUUUUAGGUUCGUGGUACAGAAGGGUCAGACUACCACUCGGAUCAUCAAACUACCCCUGGAAAUGCCAAGACCUCCUGUGAAAGCUUAGUCAUGGUAUAGAAGGGUCAAACUACCACCAGGGUCAUAAAACUACCUCUGGAAAUGAAUGCCUAUGAAAGCCUAGUCAGUUAUGUGUGCUUGGGUGCCGAAUGUCUGAAAAUAUGACCCUUAGCUCCGGUGGUGGUGGUGGUGGUGAUGGCAUGCUCGGUUGCUAUCUUUCAAACAGUGCUGAAUUGUUGCUCUAGAGAUAAAUGAUGUAUUUUUAUUACCAUCAUUAUCCCUGACCACUGAUAUUUAUCCCUCUAUGUACUUAUUUAUUUAUUUUAUUCUGUCUUCCUAGGGACCAAAAAGAGGUGAAGCGUAAUAAAAUUCAUCGCCAAUUGAUAUGUAUUCAAUCUGGACAAAAAAUAUACAUAAUUACUUUUCUUUUGCAUUUGUAAUAUGUAUUUUUGUCAAUAAACUACUACUACUGC